UGCAUAUAAAUAUUGUACCCAUAGAUUCCAAAGCAAAACAAAGAGACACAGACAUUGAACUUUGACCAUUUUUGUGCAGAAUUUCACAAAAUUUUGGGGUUUUCAGUUUCUGAAAAAGAAAAUGAUCAAGUUUGUUCUUUUCUUGUUAUGCUUUGCCUCUGCAGUGAGCCUUUCAUUUUCAGAGUCCGAAGCUGUUUCUGGGAAACUUCAUGCAGCUGAAUCCUUCUCUGUUGGGUAUAUUCAGAUGAAAACUGCAUCAAACUGUUCGUACUUGGUGGUUAUAAGCACGAGUUGUUCAUCGCCCAAGUUCACAACGGAUAAGAUCAGUAUUGCGUUUGGAGAUGGUAAAGGAAACCAGGUGUAUGUGCCAAGACUAGAUGAUCCACUUUCAAAGACAUUUGAGCAAUGUUCUUCAGACACAUUUCAGAUAGAUGGUGCAUGUGCAUCUCCCAUUUGCUUUGUGUAUCUUUAUAGAUCAGGUGCAGAGCAAGGUUGGAAACCUGAGAGUGUGAAAAUCUUUGGCUAUGACUCAGAGCCUGUUACUUUCCCUUUCAGCACCUCCAUUCCCAAUGACACAUGGUAUGGCUACAAUGUGUGCCAAACUCCUCCUUCUCCUUCUUCUUCUGCAUUCCAACUAUCAUCUCAGAAAUGGCUCAUGAGUUUGGUUCCAGGCUUUUUUGUUAGCCUUCUGCUUUAAUAGUGUUAUGGAGUUUAUCUAAUACACCAAAAGUGCUUUUACAUAUGAAAGGUAAAACUUAGUAGUAGUGCACUCUAUAGCAGCAGAAAGUAGGGACAUGAUGAGAUGAGAUGUGUAAGACCCUUGGCCAAAGUCAGUUACUUUGUGACUUUGUUUUUAUGCUUUAUGGGAGUUAUGUUAUGUUGAAUUUAUGGUAGUUUUAUGAAAGGAGAAAUGCUGGUAUAUC